AUGGGCCAAACAAGGCUGCUGCUGCCUCGCAGGCUGGACGCCAAGCUGCCGCCUCAGCUCGCAGCAGCGGACUCCCCCGCCACAGCAGCAGCAGCAACAGCAGCAGCAGCAACAGCAGCAGCAGCAACAGCAGCAGCAGCAACAGCAGCAGCAGCAGCAGCAAGUCUCUUUGACAAUGCAGCUCCUGCCAACUGCGCCACAGCUUAUUUGCUGCCUUGCUGCAGAGACCCCCCAACAAACUUGCCCCCCAAGGGGGCCCCCCACGCAGCAGCAGCAGCAGCAGCAGCAGCAGCAGCAGAGGGGCCCCCCGUUACCCCACAGUCCCCAGGCCCUGCAGCAGAGGGUUCUUCUGCUGCAGAUAGCAGCAGCAGCAGCAGCACAAACAGCAGCAGCUGCUGUUGCUGCUGCUGCUGCUGCAGCAGCAGCAUAUACGCCUGCGUCCACUACACAGGAUGCCCUACAGUUCAGUGCAUGCGCUGGGAAGGGAUCAAGCUGCAGCAGCUGCAGCAGCUGCAGCAGCUGCAGCAGCAGCAGCAGCAGCAGCAGCAGCAGCAGCAUAUUUGUUCAAGUUUGUGGAUAGAGAUUUGCUGCUGCAGCAGCAAGCCUGACUUUGUGUGCAGCGGUGGAUUGAGCUGGAGGAGGGAUCGCUGGGGCUGCUCGUGGGGACCACCAGCGGCACGCUGUGUAUGUACACUGCGGGCGGGGCUUCCUGCGUCUGCUGCUCCUGGCUGCCUCUUCGUCUUCUUGAUCUCCAGCUUGUCAGCAGCAGCAGCAGCAGCAGCAGCAGCAGCAACGGCAGGUGCAGCGGCAGCAGGUGCAGCAGCAGCAGGUGCAGCAGCAGCAGCAGCAGCAGCAGCGGGGUCCCCGGCUGUCAGGACGCCAGCUUCCUGCUGCUGCUUCUGGAGGACGGCCACGUUGCUGCUGUGCCUCUUGCUGCUCUCAGAGCAGCAGCAGCAGCAGCAGCAGAGAAUGCAGCAGCACGAACAGCUGAGGGGCUGCUGCCGCCCCAUUUGCUGGAGCAUCGGAUCCCUGCAGUGCUUGCUAAGUAUGCUGCUGCUGCUGCUGCUGCUGCUGCUGCUGCUGCCGUUGUUGCUGCUGCAGUUGCUGUCGCUGCUGCUGCUGGCUGCAGCACGCAGCAGCUUCGGGCUGCAGCAGGGCUGGCGCCGGGUGUAUGUACAGCGCAGGCUCGAGGACCGCGAGGCUACUGCAGCAGCAGCAGUUGUGGGAGCAGCAGCAGCAGCAGCAGCUGCUGCUGCUGCUCCUGCCGCCCCCAGCGCAGCUGCCCGCAAACAGCUGGACGAGCUGCUGGAGCAGCUGCAGGACCCCACGCAGCAGCAGGAGCCCACGCAGCAGCAGGAGCCCACGCAGCAGCAGCAGCAGCAGCAGCAGCAGCAGCAAGAUGCAUGCGCAGCAGCAGCAGCAGCAAGACUCCGAACACACAGCCAAAGCAGCUCCCGCAGGAGGGGCCCCUCGGCCUUGGGGGCCCCCCGGCAGCAGCAGCACUCUUUGUCCCCGCUGCGGCGGCUGUCCCCGGGCCCCCACCGGCAGCAGCAGCAGCAGCAGCAGCAGCAGCUGCUGCUGCUGCAGCCGCUGCAGCAGCAGCAGCAGCUGCUGCUGCUGGCUGCUGGCGCGCGGCCGCUGCUGUCGCUCCACAGCUUGCUGCUCGAUGACUCGCAGCAAAUGCGCCGCUUCUCUUUCUUCGCAGUAACUGCUGCUGCUGCUGCUGGCAAGCUUGCUGCUGCUGCUGCUAGGGGGGCCCUCAGUCUCCUGAGGGGGGGGACCUCGCAGCAGACCAAGCAGCAGCAGCAGCAGCAGCAGCAGCAGCAGCAGCAGCAGCAGGCGCAGUCGUCUAGGCGUCCCAGCGACGCGGAGGAUCCUACAGUAGGUGAGCGUCGGCUGCAGCAGCAGCAGCAGCUGCUGCUGUUGCUGCUGCCGGUGGUACUGCCUUUUUUCUUCGCUGCAGGCCGGCACAGCCCUACUAUUGCCUGCUGCUGCUGCUGCUGCUGCUGCUGCUGCUGCUGCUGCUGCUGCUGUGCUGCAGCAGAGGCCCCCCUGCUGCAGAUAGGCUGGACAGAUCCCCUGCGGGUGGCCCUGUCUUUGUGCGUUUGCCCUUGGGACUCUUCUGUGGCUGCUUUGAGUGACUCUUUAGGCAGAGUGAGCAGGUCUUGCUGCUGCUGCUGCUGCUGCUGCUGCUGCUGCUGCUGCUGCUGUUUUGGCGGUGUCUUUGUUGGCGGUGCUGGCUUCUCCGCUGCUGCAGUCGAUCCGCUUGCUGCUGCUGGUCCGCUGCAGCAGCAGAAAUGCCCAGGGUGCUGCUUUAGAACAUUUGCGCCGCUGCAGCAGCACCGAGACAAGCUGCUGCAGCAGGCAGCAGCAGCAGCAGCUGUGGCGCCCGUAGCAGCAGCUGCAGUUGCAGCAGCAGCAGCAGCAGCAGCAGCUGUGGCGCCCGUAGCAGCAGCUGCAGUUGCAGCAGCAGCAGCUGCUGCUGCACUAGCACCAGCUUUUGCAGCAGCAGCAGCAACAGCAGCCGGCGUAGGAGCACCCGUAGCAGCAGCAGCCGCUGCAGCAACAACGAAGCGACAGCAGCAGCAGCAGCAGCUGCUGCUGCUGCUGCAGCAGCUGCGGCCUGCGCGCCUGCUGCUGCUUUGCUGCUCAGGUCUCUCUUCUAUCUGUGUCUUCUUUGCUGCCUCUUUGGAUGUUAAAAGGCUACAGAAAUGCCCGCCUUGUUUGGCUGCGGAGGCAGCCCUUGAGCUGCACAGACGCAGCAGCAGCAGCAGCAGCAGCAGCCCCUGCUGCUGCUGCUGCUGCUGCUGA